AUGAUAUUAAUAAUUGGAAAAGCCGUCUAUUGUAAUUCUAAUGCCAUGAAUAAACAUACCAAUAUAAGAAAUUCGGACUUUUCUGAUUUUGAAGAAACUAACCUUCGUCGUACCGUAAAAAACCCAGAACAAUUCCAGCUAGCAUAUCACAAUGAAGCAGCUGAACAGAACAUGGCUCUUAAACGCGUCUCUCAAAAAUACAACAAGCCUUUUUAUAACAGAACAACAGAUCCAAAAUUCGAAUCAAUAAGCACGCGAAAGAAAAAAAAGUCCACUCAAUUCGACAAUUCAAAUAAUAAAAACACACAUUCUUUUGAGGAAAUACAUGAACAUAUUGAUGAAACAUAUGACAGCGGCUCCCAGUACCAAGCAUCGGAACCAUUUGAAUCUGAAACUUUACCACACACAAAUGUGGAAAAUAAAACAAACAAAAAACAUCGCAACCAUGUUAAAACUAAAAUAAAACAUCACCAUCAUCAUCAUCAUCAUAACCAUAUUAAAGAGCUUAUAAAAACAGUACCACAACCAUAUUCGGUUGAAAAACUUGUGCAUGUACCAAUUGAAAAAGUGGUAGAAAAAGUUGUGCAUGUUCCUAAAUUUAUAAAUGUUACCAUAGAAAAAAUUGUACACGUACCAAUAGAAAAAAUAGUCGAAAAAGUGAUUCAUAUCCCAAAGCCGUAUGUUGUUGAAAAAUUAGUUGAAAAAAUAAUUCAUGUUCCCAAACCAUAUCCUGUUCUUAGAACUGUUCCGUAUCCAAUUGAAAUUAAAGUUCCGAUUCAAGUCGAAAAAAAAGUACCGUUUCCAUACAAGGUUGAAGUUGAAAGAAAAGUUCCCGUUUAUAUUCAAACAAAAGAGCCAUAUACAUUUGAGAAGUCAAGUACUGAACACUAUAGUCAAUUCGACCAGCCGAAAUUUAACAUUGAAAGGGGCCUGGGGAACCAUCAUUACAAUAGUCAAUUCGACCAGCCGAAAUUUAACACUGAAAGGGGACUGGGGAACCAUCAUUACAGUAGUCAAUUCGAUCUGCCGAAAUUUAACAUUGAAAGCGGCCUGGGAAACCAACAUUACAAUAGGGUUUAUAAAUUCAAAGAACAAAAAAUUCCUAAUAAAAUAGAAGAACUUCAAUAUACUGUUGAAAAUGAAAAUAACAAACAUUUAGAGAAUAGCGGCAGUCAACAGUAUGCAUCUGCAAGCGAAAAUAUGCCCUGGAAAUUUUUAGGCAGCAAUUCACAGCUUUUAGUCAACAUGAACAAUGAAGGUCAAGGCAAGCCGCCGAAAUUCCAUAUUGAAAGCGACAAUAUAGGGUCUAAAGAGUAUGCAAAAUCUGCGCUACCACCGAAACACGAUCACAAUCAGAUAUAUAAAAUAAAAGAAAUAAACCUCCCUUAUAACGCAGCUAACUUUCAAAAAACUUUUCUACCGGAGUACACAAAUUUCGAUUUAACCAGUAGCGCGAUUCAACAAAAUAUAUCUGCAAGCGAUAAAAUUCCCUUAACAUUCUUAAAUGGCAAUGUACCGCCCGAUAUGAACAAAUCUGAAUCAGACCCAUCUGGCAUAGCUUUACCACUUAUUAAUAACACACAUUUUAUUAUAAGCCCAGAAGAAUCUACAUAUGCCUAUCAAGGCAUACCGUUUUCGCUACCAGCAAAUUUUGGUUACCUGCAACCAGCGGACACUCAAAAAAAUUUAAGCUUGGAUUUAUCGAUGCCAGAAAAGACAGAAGAGUCAUCAAAAAUUUAA